UUCUACUUGGGCCCUGCCUCUCGUCUCUCUCUCUCUCUCUCUCUCUCUCUCUCUGUGCAUCAAAGAAAUGGUUUCGCCCUCUCGCAGUGCUUGGCCUGAACCCAUCACUCCAUUUCCACGACAGGAUGGGGCUUAAAGUUCUCAACUUUGGCGAUCCCUUGUGCUAAAAGAUCACUUUUUUUUGUGUCCUUUUUUUCACUUUCCUAAGCUCGUCUAGAUUCCAUGGAGAUGGGCUUUCGCUGCACCUGUUCCCGCUACCGAGCGGGCUCGGCGGCCUGCAGCUUCUGCGGCGGCUCCCCACCGCCGUCGCCGGAGGGGGAGCCGCACGACUGGCCCGCUGUGGGGAGAUUGUUCGGAGGGGCCUGGGGUUUCCGGCGUGUGCUCCGGUUGGCUAUCGUCGCGCUGUUUGGCGCUCUCGUCGGGCUUUUCGCUCUCGGUGGAGUUCUAAUGGGAGCAGUUGCGGGUGCUUUAGCUGGUCGAGCAUCUAAUCGUGGUCUUCUACGAGGAGCGCUAUUAGGAGCCAUCGCUGGAGCGGUAUUGUCAUUGGAAUUUUUGGAAGCGUCCUGUGCCUAUUGGUGUCAAGAGCAAACGGGUGUACGUGGCACGUCGUCUAUGGCUGACUUCAUAGAGGAGCUACUCCGUGGGAGGUUUGUAGAGGAUCAAUUUGAACCGGCAAUGCUAACUCCUUACCAUUGGCAGGUGGAUGAUGAUAGUAGGAGGUUCAUUGAAAUUCGUGAUGUAUAUGAUGAGUUAGUAUCCAGAGGAUUGUCACAAGAUGCUCUGAAGAGACUGCCAUCUCAGGUCAUCAUGGAAGACAUGAAGACAAUGCAGAGCAUUUGCUGUGCAAUAUGUUUGCAGUUCAACAGGGUGGAAACCGCCUAAAAAUGGUGCCUUUAAGCUGAAUGUCAACGGAUCUUUCAUCGAGGGUGAACCAGACGGAGUGAUUGCUGGCAUACUUUGAGAUUCAAGAGGGAUUGUUGUCGCCGGGUUUGCGAAAUUGACCCUCUCUGCAAUGGCUGAAGAAGCGGAAGCCCUAGCUCUAAAGGAAGGUUUCUCUCUCCUAGUGUCGUACUUUACUCUGAACGAAGAAGCUGAUCUGAAGGUAGAGAUCAAAAGUGAUAGCUUAUCAGUAUGUGGGUUUAUAGCAGGCACUUAUCCAAGCCCAUGGUGCAUCCGGGCUGUUAUAGAGGAUUGCAAAAAGAGUUUGGCCCAAUUUAAAAGCACUUCGUUCGUCCACUAUCCGCGAAAAGUAAAUCAUGUGGCGGAUUGGAUCGCCAAAGCCCUUUGUAGAAAUGCCCUCCUCUCUAAUUGGAUUACUAAACCUCCCCAACCCCUUCGGGAUCUUUUAUGUUUCGAUAUUGAACAUCUUUGUUUUGAUUAUGGCACUUAAUGAAUGAAGUACUUUUUUGACCAAAAAAAAAAAAACCAGGGGAUAUGCAUAUCGCUAUUGUCGUGAUGAA